GUUGUCUCUCACUCUAUCUCUGUGAGUCAAAUCAAUAGUUGUUUUUAUAAGUGUUUUUACCUUGGGUCAAUGUUUGGGGUGAAUAGUUAGAAUAGAGUAGAGGGAAAGAGAGAAACCAAACCCAAGGUGCGUUUCUUCUUCCGACCACGCGGGGCAGUGUCCUGCGUUCCUUCGGUGACACCUGCAUGACAAUGACAUCAAAGAAGAGUGGAGAGACGCGCAUGGCGUUGUGCGGGAGGAUGUGACCUUCUGCUGGUUUAUUUUAUUGAGGAACAGUCAGCAGGAUGUCGGUGGUCAGGUCGUCCGUUCAUGCCAAGUGGAUCAUCGGCAAGGUGAUCGGGACCAAGAUGGCUAAAACGGCCAAAGUGAGGGUGACGCGGUUGGUGCUGGACCCCUACCUGCUGAAGUACUACAACAAGAGGAAGACCUACUUUGCCCACGAUGCUCUGCAGCAGUGCACCAUGGGAGAUAUUGUCCUCCUGAAGGCUCUGCCUGCUCCACGCUCCAAGCAUGUCAAGCACGAACUCGCUGAAAUCGUCUACAAAGUGGGGCGGGUGGUCGACCCCCUCACUGGCAGGAGGGUCGCAGGGACUGAGUUUCUGGAGUCUUUGACCGACCUUGCGGAUGAGGUCAAGGUCGAAGACGCACUGUCAGGAAAGCUGGGAGAGCUGAGCGUCUCUGGAGCCCCUGGUGGAGCCGACGCCCCUCCAGCAGCGACGCCGGCUCCGUAGCAGCUCACCUGCUCCUGCUGCUUCACACAAGACUUGGGGACUGGUUGCAGUGUGUUUUCAAUAAAGCACCUGGUGAAUUUGUUAAGUACUAGUGGUCUG